AUGGCGACUUUGGGACAUGGGACAGAGAUGAGGGCUGGGGACUGUGACAAAGAACACGGGCACGGUGUCACGGUGUCACGGGGACACGGUGACAAGGGACACGGAGCCCACCCGCCGUGUCCCCGCCGUGUCCCCGCAGUGCUGGAGAUCCUGGAGCUGAUCCAGCGCCGGGAGUUGGUGGCUGCGGACGCUCAGAUCAUCGCGCUCGAGGCCGAGUGCUCCUUGUCGCCGUCGCGGCCACCGUCCCCGUGUCCCCUGCCCGCGUCCCCCUCCUCGGGCUCCCCGCCACCGUCCCCGAGCCCCGCGGGCGGCCGGAGGGAGCGGGACGUGGCCCUGCUCUACCGAGCGCUGCUAGCCCAGCUCUGGGCCGUGGUGGCCGAGGCGGUGGCCGCGGGGCGAGCGGUGGCCCCGCUGCGCGCCGUGGUGGCCGUGCUGGAGCAGGAAGAAGCGGCGGACGCCCGGAGCCCUCCCGGGACUCGCCCGGGGCGACCGCGGGGGUUGCGGCGGCGCUGGCACGAGGCGGUGGCCAGGGCGGCGAGCGAGCGGCUGGCCCAGGUAGCCCCGGCGGGCGGGUUGGGAGCCCGGCUGGCCGCGCUGGCCGCCAGGGUGGUGGGCGACCUGGGGGUGGUGCGGAGCCACGUGGCCCCCGCGUACCCCCCCGAGUACGGAGCGCUCGGGGUUUAUGCCCGUGGCUACCACCGGGCGCUGGCCCAGCAGCUGCGGGCGCUCGCCCAGAGACCCCUGGACGUGCCCGACCUGUACCUGCUGCUCGACUGGCACAGCAACGCCUACCCCAGGGAGGUUUUGGGGCACCCCGAGGUGGGGGCUCUGCUGCGGGCGCAGGCGCUGGGGCCCCUCCUGCCCCCCGAGACCCAGCGGGACCUCGAGAGCUCCUGCAUCUCUGCCGUCAAGGCCAAGGUGGAGGUGGCGGUGGCACAGGAGCUGCAGCUCAGCGAGGACACGUGGCCCGAGGAUGUCACCAGCCAGGACAUGGAGGACGGGCUGGCCACGCGCGUCACCGGGCCACGGUCGCAGUGUCACCCUCCCGUCCCGCAGGUGCUGCUCAGCGAGCUGCACCGCCGGGUUCUCAUCGAGUACGUGCGGCCGCUGCUCCAGGGCCGCCUGGUCUGCGCUUCGGCCAAAUCCCGAGCCCGAGUGGCCGCCCGCUUGGGCGACGAGGCCCGGCAGCUCCGCGAGCUCUUCACGCGCCUGCUGGUCCGUCUCCUGCGGGGACAGCGCGGGGUCAGCGGGGGUGGCGUUGUCACCCGGUUUGGGGACAUCCCGUGUGUGCCUGCGAUUGUCCCUAAGCGCGGGGAUGGCAUUGUCACCCGGUUUGGGGACAUCGCGUGGGGUCUCUGA